AUGCAUACGCGCAUACACUCUCCGUUCGGCAUGGACAAGCAUUCUUCGCCCCCGCCUCACUCAGACCGUGGUGGUUCCUCUCCUGCUGAAGCAGCGCCCUCGGUCAAAGUAAAUAUUGCCGAGCAGCACAGCGAGCCUGGCCAGCUCGAGGCACAAUCGCCUCCCGCUGAGCCAGUGAACGAGAGAACUCAAUUACAAGAUCAAACGAACCUUCUGCCGUUCAAGCAAGUACUGGUUGUUUUCGUCGGUUUGAGCUGUGCCCUAUUUUGUGCCCUACUAGAUCAAACCAUUGUCUCGACCGCUCUUCCGACGCUGGGGCGUGUCUUCAACGAUGCCUCUAUCGAGUCAUGGGUCGGAACAGCGUACCUGCUCACUUCCACGGCCUGCCAGCCUCUUUAUGGGCGCCUCUCGGACAUUUUUGGUCGCAAAGUCAUUCUGCUGACAAGUAUGAGCAUCUUCCUGUUCGGCUCCAUCCUAUGUGCUGUCUCGACUAGCAUGAUCAUGCUUAUCGUUUUCCGCGCUAUCUCAGGAAUCGGAGGUGGCGGCAUUCUGACAGCUGUCAUGAUUGCUGUCUCUGAUGUUGUCUCUCUUGAAAAGCGUGGAACGUACCAAGGCGUGAUUGGAGUCGUCGUAGCGAUGUCAAAUUCCAUCGGUCCUCUGGUCGGUGGUGUUUUCACGGAGAAGGUAUCCUGGAGAUGGUGCUUCUAUAUCAAUAUCCCUAUAACGGCUGUGUCGAUUCUCGUGGUUAUCUUCUUUCUUCCCCUCAAGCGCGUGAAGGGUAAUCGCAAGCUAAGAUUCAAGCAAAUUGACUACCUUGGAUGUGUGACGAUGUUCAUUGCAUCCGUCCUUAUCCUCCUGCCUAUCUCUUGGGGAGGUACCCAAUACGCCUGGAAUUCAGCGGGCGUCAUCGCCCCUCUGGUGAUUGGCGUCGUCUUUAUAGGCGUCUUCAUCGUGGUGGAACUGAAAUAUGCCGCUCUUCCUCUUAUUCCCAUGCACAUUUUCAAGAACGGCACCGUCUCCGGUGCUUUGGCAGGAUCAUUCUUCACAGGGUUCAUGUUCUACACCAACCUAUACUAUUUUCCCCAAUUCUUCCAAGUUGUCUACUCUGCAUCCCCGGUGAGAUCAGGCGUCCUUCUCCUCCCGCUCAUUCUCGUCCAAAGUUUCGUUUCAUUUGUAUCUGGCUUCAUCGUCUCGAAAACAGGGAACUACACGGUUUGUCUGUGGGCCGGCUUUGCCAUCUGGGCUAUUGCGUGCGGGCUGCUCUCCACUAUAUCGUCAACUACCUCUACCGCCAAGCUGGUGGGUUAUCAGAUCUUGAGUGCUGUCGGCUCUGGCCAGACGCUCCAGACAAACCUGAUAGCGCUGCAAGCUAGCGUGGAGAGAAAAGAGAUGGCCGUUGUCACUGCAACGCGGAACUUCGUCCGGGUGCUGGGUGGCACAAUCGCGCUGGCUGCUUGCAGCGCCAUAUUGAAUAAUACAGCCCGGACUCAGUUGAUGGGCGUUGUGCCUGGCGAUGUCUUAACAUCUAUCAUCUCGGAUCCGACCAAUAUUAAUUCGCCAUCCUUGAAUUUGACUCCCGCACAAGCUUCUGCUGCCAUUCAGGCAUAUACCAAUGGGAUUCACAACAUCUAUUAUUUCAUGGUGGCCUGUUGUUGCAGCUCGUUUUUCAUCACUGUGUUUUUCGUUCGCAGCUACAGUCUGAAGCGCGAUGAUGAUGCACGGCUUCAAGAGGAAGGAAAGAAGUGGGCAGAGAAGCAUCGUGGCAUUCACGUGCUGGGUCGAAAGAAGAACGCAGAAACAGUGACUGGAGAGUCCAGAUAA